AUGGCCUCCCUCAUGUCUCCUCAGGAAGGAAUCUCCAACGAUGAGAUCCCUUUGGAAAAGAACGCCGGGCUCGUGAUGGGUACAAACAACAGUAGCAUUGUGUCGAAAAGAAGUGUUGAGAAGCUGUACCUUCCUCAACCGCACUUUUAUCGCUACUUUGUCAAAAAGCCAAUCCGCCGGUCUCCCACCAUCAACCGUGGAUACUGGCUUCGCAUGAGGGCCGUCGAUUGGGUGGUCAAACAGUUCCUGGAAAAGCCCUCUGACUUGGAGAAAGUCGUCAUCAACUUGGGCUGUGGCUACGACCCCCUUCCGUUCCAAUGGAUGGCCCAACACCCAGACUUGUGUGGCAACACCAGAUUUAUCGAUGUCGAUUUCGAAGAACUCAUGAUCAGCAAGCGAGACAUCAUCUUGAAUACCCCCAAAAUGAGAGACAUGCUCUCAACGACACCGGACAAGGAGUCCAUGAAGGGUGUUGUUCUGGACUCGGAUGUCUACGUCGCAAUCGGAUGUGAUCUACGAAAUCCUCCUAGGUUGGAGCGCCUUCUGAAGUCCGUUGUGGAGCUGGAUCAAUGCCUUGUAUUAUGCAUCGCCGAAGUCAGCAUCACCUACAUGGCUACUGAGGAUGCGGAUGCGCUGAUUGCUUGGACCUCGACGUUGUCUCCAGAUGUAACAUUCUGUCUGCUGGAACAACAGUCACCAGAUCGACCGGACAACCCAUUCACGGCGGCCAUGUUGAAACAUUUUGCUAAACUAGGAACACCCCUUCGCUCCGUACUUACCUAUCCCAGUUGUCACACCCAAACAUUACGCUUUCAGGAUGCCGGAUACCCUCAUGUUGAGAUACAGAAUUUAUGGGAGCUUUGGGCUGAUCCCAGAUUUCUGUCCCCAUCUCAAAGAAUGUCUCUGGACGAAGCUGAGCCCUUUGAUGAGUGGGAAGAGUUCGCGCUCUUCGCUUCUCAUUACUGCCUAAUAAUUGCACAGACAGGGCCCGAACCUCUCGUGCCAGAGCAACAGAGAUCGAGGAGGGCAUCAGUUGACAGUUUGGCGUCAGACAUGUCAGCACGGACCGUCUCACCCCACAGAGAUAAUACCCAGUGGUUCGCAUACAAAUAUUCCGCGAAUCCAGAGAAAGAAGGGAGGUCGCAUCACGGCUCCGCUUUUAUCGUUCCAGGUCAAGAUGCUAUAGCCGUCCAUGGCGGUGUUGGCCUUCGAGGCCGCUUGGCCACGACUUCUGUCUACACCUCGGCAGGUUCGACACUUCCAUAUCCCACCGUCCCACCUGAGGAAAUAGGUGCUAGGUGUUGCCAUACCAUCACAUCGCUCCGCAAUGGACAGAACCUUCUCAUUGGCGGUCGAGGUUCACCAUCGUCGCCGAUGAAAGACUGUUGGCUCCAAACGGACUCGAAAUGGGAGAGAGUUCAUGAUCUUCCCGAGCCCCGUUUUCGACAUCGAGCAGCGGCUGUGGUACUCCCUUACGAUCAAUAUGGUGUGGUGGUGUUUGGAGGGAAAACAUCGGCCACACGAAUAGCGAUCGACUGCCUGCUGUGGGACAGGGAGAACGGCUGGCAAGUUCUUCGCAGCCUCAAAUCUGACCCUAUGCCGCGCUUUGGGGCAUCUUUCAUCCGCCUUGGCUUUAAUCAUGGUCUCCUCCUAGGUGGAAUGCGCCAGGAUGGAGUCAUAUGCCAAGGGCUGUGGAAAUGGAGACUGAUAAUCCGGGACAACAAAGUCAUGGGAAUCAAUUUCAGGGUAUCCACGGCUUUGGAUGCGUCUGCGGGCAUCUGGCCAUGGUUAAAUCGCCUCGGGGCUUCUUACAGCGUCAUCCGAGACGAGAUUUUGCUCAUCGGUGGGGUAGCAAAGCACGGUUGCAUACCUAAGGACUAUGAGAUUCUCUCCAUCGUCGGUAGUUUCUCUGCCUUCAACGAAUACGAGAAGGAAAUGGAUUUCAGGGUCGCCUGUGUGCUCCCUAAGAGAGACCCCAAUGUCCCACGCCCUUUCCUCAUUGGCCAUUCUUCACAUUACACCGCACGACAGACUACUCUCAUUGUUGGCGGAGGUGCAACUUGUUUCAGCUUCGGCGCAUAUUGGAAUCCGGGCUGUUGGCUUCUAUAUGACCGGGAAGGAGGACUUAGUUCGCACUGGGCCAUGGUGAAGCCGGAGACCCGACAUCCUAACCCUCAAUCAACGACGCAGGGUACGUUGACGGCACACAUCUCAACUCCUGUCAAGCAUACCACGAUUGAAUCGGAGCAAGAUUUUACACGUGUCCUCUGCGAAGGCAGACCCAGACUCCUCUCCGACCUGGACAUUGGUCAAUGUAUAUCAUCUUGGACAGCAGCAUAUCUCCUCUCCAAAACUCCGCCCUCGAAAUCCGUCGUCGUCCAUUCUGCUCCGGGCCGGACCAUGAACUUUCAACGAAAAGACUUUGCCUACAAGACGAUCUCAUUCCAUGAAUUCAUCAACCAACUCGACUCCAACCCGAAUGCGCACAUGUAUCUCCGUUCGAUCUCCAGCACCCAUCCAACCACCUUACCCGCCGACCUUUCCAAUGACUGGCCUGAGCUGGCGUCCGAUUUUCGCAUGCCGCCUGCGCUCUCGUUCGUGAAGGAUAACCAGCACAGCAGUCCUCUUCGUAUCAGCGCAAAUGUGAAUAUGUGGCUGCACUACGAUGUGAUGGCCAAUGUUCUCUUCCAGAUUCGCGGUACCAGAAAACUUAUCUUGUUUCCACCGGAAGAUUUGAGGCAUCUGAAUUUUCCGCCCGGCUCGACCACGUCCAGUAUUGACAUCUUCGAGACAAACCAUCAGCCAGGAUCGGGGGAAGACACGGUGAAAUUCGUGCCAAACACAAGGCCUCACAUUGCUAUCUUAAAGCCCGGUUGUGCGUUGUAUAUUCCACCAUUGUGGGCACACACGGCGACGCCAUUGCCUGCUCUAACAAAACCACAGCCGGUGUUGUUGUCAACAUCGGCAUCAGCAUCAGCCUCAGAAUCAGCUUCCAAUUCAGCUUCAACGUCCGCUGCCGUGUCCGCAUCUGCACAUCCAUCCCAGCCCACGCUCGAUUCUACUUCAGCCACCAGCACCGGCGAUAGAUCACGGGAGUCUCAAGCCGCCAACGAAACAAGCGACCUUCCGGCCACGAACAGCAACACAGAUUCAAGCUCAACCUCGCCUUCGGACUCGAGAAUCAACAUCUCCGUCAACGUCUUCUUCCGCACCCUCCACCCGCACAAGUACGCCGCGGGCCGCGACGUGUACGGCAACCGCGACCUCGCCGCGUACGAGGAUGGCCGCCGGGACGUGGAAAAGAUUGUCCGCCGCUUCCUGAAGGCCGACCACGACGGCGAAAAGGCAAAGUCAAAACAGGGCCAGAAGAAUGGAAAUGGGAGUGACAAUGACAAUGAGAAUGAGAAUGCAAAUGGUAAACGAGCACAGGGAGUUUCUGGCCCCGAAGAGGGAGCAGGAUCCGGCGCGACUGGGCUGGAAAUGGGCGUGAUUCCAAAGGACAUCGUUAGGGCGUAUUUGGUCCGGUUGGCUGACGAGUUGAGGGACAAGGCGGACAAGUUGUAA